UUUUCGGGCCAUGAUUGCGAAGGCGUACUUUUGAAUUUCCUGCAGUCUUAUAGGAAGUUUGACUUCCGUGCCGCAAACACAACGUCACUUCCGAAUAAACACCGGAGCCCGCCCACAAAAACUGUUCCGUCAAUAAAACAGCGCUCCUGAUUUCUAUUGGUGAAAUAUACACGUCAAUCAUUGCCUGACGCCUCCAGACGGAGAAUCCUACCCGGCUUAUGAUUGGAUAGAAAUUUAGAGACCCCGCCCUCUAACUCCCACCCGUUCCCCACUCUGGCAUUGGAGAUGGAAUGAAAUCUUUUGGAAGAAAGGACAAUUUACCGUUUUUUUCAUUCAGUAAUUCUGCCUCCGGGAUAAAAUAAGAAAUACAGAAACAACAAAAUGACCAACGACUGAAGUCUGCUUUACAGUUUACGCCAUCAUUAAUAACGGAGCCCAGCCAGGAUGGCAGAUGGGGAGGACACCAUGAGCCAGGAGGACUGGAAGGAGAAGUGCAUGGUCCUGGAGGCUCUGCUCAUGAAGUUCAGGAUGCAGAUCAUCAAGAUACGGGAGCUGACGGCAGACAAAAUCCAGCAGCUGGAGACGCAGGUGAUCGACGCUGAGAAACGAGCUUUCACUGCUCACCAACAGGUGCAGUGGAUGGAGGAGAAGCUGAACCCUCCAGAAGGUCAGUCAGCAGAGGCUGAAGUCAAUCUGUUCCAACGCUGUCAGGAGCUGCAGGCCCGGCUGCAGGAGAAGGACGAUCUGAUUGGUCGACUGGAGCAGCAGCUGGAGGAGCAGAAACAAAGUCGACUUGUCGAUGCGAAGACCGUGGAGGAGAAGGCCGCCAAGAUCAAGGAGUGGGUGAUGCUGAAGCUGUCGGAGUUUGAAGUGGAAAACGCAGCGCUGAGAGAAAACAACAAGAAACAGGAGGCUCAGAUUCUGGAGCUGCAGAACCAGGUCCAGGCCCUGGAGCAGAGGAGUUCCGGUGGACGAGGAGCCCCCAGCAGACCGGGGGGGGCCCAGCGCCUCAGCAGCCUGACCUUUGGAUGUUUCCAGGUGAGAGGGAAGAACCCUCAGGUUCUCACCGGCCCCACCCCCUCCCAGAGGACACUCAGCACCCAGGAGGAGAGUGACGUCAGCGCGACGCCAGAGCAGGCAGACGGUGACGUCCAGAGACCGGAUCAAACUGGACUUGUUGGUCUCACCGUUGAUGACGACAGCGCGUCCGAAAGCCUGGCUGAGAUCGCGAGCGGAGAGGAGUCGCGCGGCGUCUCCUCCGUGCUCUCCAGUGCAGCGUCAGAGGGGGAGGCAGAGGGGGGAGGUGGGGUGUGUGGACUGGGGUUCAGUCGCCCUGGCAGCGACACCUACCUGACGGCCUCUGACGACAGCAGCUCCGUGUUCGAUGACGACAUGCAGAGAGCGGAGCGGCCCGGCUUCGGUCUGCUCGGACCCUCAGAUGGAAGUCUGGAGGGGAGUAAGGAGGGGGAGGACGAGGAGUCACGCAGGGUCAGGCUGGAGGAGAGCACUUCUGAGGAGCUCAACAAAAGAUUCCAGUCACAAAGACUGGACUCCAAUGAACCCAACAGUCCCAGCGCCCCCCUCACGUCAGCCCUCACACCUAAACGACCCACCCCGCCCCAGGACCCCACGACGCCAGAGCAGGCAGACGGUGACGUCCAGAGACCGGAUCAAACUGGACUUGUUGGUCUCACCGUUGAUGACGACAGCGCGUCCGAAAGCCUGGCUGAGAUCGUGAGCGGAGAGGAGUCGCGCGGCGUCUCCUCCGUGCUCUCCAGUGCAGCGUCAGAGGGGGAGGCAGAGGGGGGAGGUGGGGUGUGUGGACUGGGGUUCAGUCGCCCUGGCAGCGACACCUACCUGACGGCCUCUGACGACAGCAGCUCCGUGUUCGAUGACGACAUGCAGAGAGCGGAGCGGCCCGGCUUCGGUCUGCUCGGACCCUCAGAUGGAAGUCUGGAGGGGAGUAAGGAGGGGGAGGACGAGGAGUCACGCAGGGUCAGGCUGGAGGAGAGCACUUCUGAGGAGCUCAACAAAAGAUUCCAGUCACAAAGACUGGACUCCAAUGAACCCAACAGUCCCAGCGCCCCCCUCACGUCAGCCCUCACACCUAAACGACCCACCCCGCCCCAGGACCCCAGGGACAACCCUGCCUCACCCAAACAGCCCCGCCUCAGAACCCCCGCAGGGUUGGGACUGAUUAACGCUUCUUUGUCUAAAAAACAUCUGAGUCAGCCACCGCUCAGCGCCGAGACCACCGACGGAAAAACACGCAACGCCCUGAGCAUGCUGCACCCCCUCUCCCCACUGGACACAGACCCCGACCAGAGAGGUGAGGCCGGAAUGGAAACAACCAGGAGAACGCCGCCGAAGGUGCUUCCCCGCUCACAGGCUCCAGCUUUACCUGGUCCAAAGGGAGACCGGGACUCUGAUGUGACAGGACCGGACCGGACCCCUCCCACCCCCCCUUUACACAGACUGCCCUCCUGGGAGAGUCGUAUCUACGCUGUGGCUCAGUCAGGGAUCAGACUGUCAGAGACCACCUGCACAGGUGUUCCAGACCCCUCCCUCCAGUCCUCCUACCCAGCCUUCCUCAUGUUCACCUCCCUGGUCUACAAGAACCUGACCUCCCCAGUUUACACCACUCUGAAGGGGAAAGCCACUCUCCUGAGCAGCGGCCCGUUCUCUGACCAGUCGUCCAGUUCUGAGGAGUCGUCCAGUUCAGGGGAGGAGGACGGCUCCGUCUGCAGCUCACACACCUCCUGCAGCUCCCGCAAGGACAGCAGCCCCGGCAGCCCCCGCUCCCUGAAGAGAGCUGUGUCCAUGUCAUCGAUGACAUCAGAGAGUGACUACGCCAUACCACCCGACGCCUACUCCACCGACACCGAGAACUUUGAGCCAGAGCACAAGUUGCCCAAGACCUGCUCUGGAGCCAGCGACAACGGCAAGACUGAGCCGAUGGAAAAGUCUGGUUACCUGUUGAAGAUGGUGAGGACCUGGAAGAAAACCUGGAAGAGACGCUGGUUUGUCCUUAAAGAUGGAGAGCUGCUGUACUACAAGUCGCCUAGUGACGUGAUCAGAAAACCUCAGGGUCAGAUCGAGGUCAACGCCUCCUCCAACAUCGCCCGCGGAGACGGAAAACAAAUCCUUCAGAUCGUGACGGGGAAACGGGUUUACUACCUGAAGGCCGAUUCUCCCAACCUGCUGGACGAGUGGCUCCGGGUUCUGCUGAGCGUUCUGAGGGUGAAGGCCGCCAGCCCUCUCUUCACUCAGCCGGACAUCCGCCCCGGCAUGAAGGGCCUGCUCAUCAAAGUGAAGCACGGCUACUCCAAGCGUGUUUGGUGCGCUCUGAUCGGGAAAACGCUCUACUACUUCCGCAGCCAUGAGGACAAGUUCCCUCUGGGUCAGAUCAAGCUGUGGGAGGCCCGGGUGGAGGAGGUGGACAGGUCGCGGGAUUCGGACGAUGACCUGAAAGCUUGUGGGCGGGGCUUACAGGGAGCACAUUUCACCAUCGCCGUCCACCCGCAGGAACAAGGACCCACCUACCUGCUCAUCGAGUCCCGCCACGAGAAGGACGCCUGGCUCUACCACCUGUCCGUGGCAGCAGGAACCACCGUGGGUGACGUUGGCACCGAGUUCGAACAACUGGUGGGAAAACUCUUCCAGCUGGAUGGAGAUCCAAACUCCCAGAUCUGGAGACAUCCCACGCUGUGCUUCAGUAAAGAGGCUCUGUGGUCUCCUCUGACCACGCUGCCUUCACAGGCCCUGCAGACGGAGGCUGUGAAACUCUUCAAGACCUGUCAGCUGUUCAUCAACGUGGCCAUCGAUGCUCCGGCCAUCGAUUACCAUGUCUCCCUGGCCCAGAGUGCCCUGCAGGUGUGUCUGGCCCACCCAGAGCUGCAGAACGAGCUGUUCUGUCAGCUCAUCAAACAGACCAGCAGGAGGCAGCCGCCGGGUCAGCCUGGACCCCUGCAGGGGUGGCAGUUCUUGGCCCUGUGUGUGGGUCUGUUUCUGCCUCAGCAUCCGUUCCUCUGGCUCCUCCAGGUUCACCUGAAAAGACACGGAGACUCCAGGACUGAGGUGGGAAAGUACGCCAUCUACUGUCAGAGGUCCAUGGAGCGAACCCAGCAGAAGGGGGAGAGACAGUCCAGACCAUCACGUAUGGAGAUCUUGUCCAUCCUCCUGAGGAACCCGUACCAUCACUCACUGCCCUUCAGCGUUCCUGUCCACUUCCUCAACAACACCUACCAGGUGGUGAGCUUUGACGCUUCGACUACGGUGGACGAGUUCCAGAGUCGCCUGAACCAGGACACUGGUAUGAGGAAGAACGGACUGUCGGGUUUCAGCCUGUACACCGACGAUCCGACCGGACGUGAGCUGGAGCACUGCCUCCAGGGCAGCAUCAAGAUUUGUGACAUCAUUUCCAAGUGGGAGCAGGCAAGUAAGGAGACGCACACUGGGAAGUCUGAGAACACCAGGACCGUCCGCCUCACCUACAAGAACAGGCUGUACUCCUCUCUGCAGGUCCGGGGGGAGGUGGAGAGGGAGCGCUCCCUGCUGGCCUAUCAGACCAAUGAAGCCAUUGUUUCUGGACACUUUCCUGUCAACAAGGAGCUGGCUCUGGAGAUGGCUGCUCUGCUGGCCCAGCUGGAGUUCGGAGAUUUCGAGCGUCCCUUCUCUGCUGCCGGCUCGGCCCAGACCAAGUCCAACCAAACACUCAAACAGGUUCUGGAGAGGUUCUACCCCAAACACUAUCGAAGGACUUCGACAGAGGAGCAGCUCAGACAGCUGCUGCAGCGACUCUCUGCUCGCUGGGCCUCGCUCAGGGGUCGGAGUUCAUCGGAGUGCGUCAGGAUUUACCUGACCGUGGCCAGGAAGUGGCCGUUCUUUGGUGCUAAACUGUUUGAAGCAGAGACGGUGACUUCCUCUCCAGAGCCAGGUGUGCGUGUGUGGCUGGCAGUGCACGAGGACGGAGUCAGUGUUUUAGAGCACAACUCUAUAAAACCACUGGUCUCACAUUCCUACAAAAACCUGAUGACGUUCGGAGGCUGCAGACAGGACUUCAUGCUGGUGCUGGGACACAGCGUCGGUGCCAACAGUACCAGAGACAAACCCACAGAGAAGCACCUGUUUUCUAUGGACUCCUCCAAGGUCAGGGAAAUCACCCUCCUCAUCUCCAGCUACAUCAACAACGCUCACCAGCAGAAGGCCGCCGCCCACCACCUGUCUGCCCCCGCCCUCUUGGUGGCACAGCCAAUCAGCCUGAAGAGCAAAGAGCUGAGGAGCAAAUCCCCGCCGGUCCUGGGGCGACCCAGUAAAACCCCGACUCUGCUGUGAUGGGGCUCCAGGGAGGGUGGACCACCAGACACAAACCUCUGAUUGAUCGACAGCCACAGGAGCCAAGCGUUGGACCACCUCCAUCAGAGUUGACAGGAAAAUAUUAUUUCAGUAAAAGUAGGCCAUGGUCCACAGAUGUGAUCGAAAAAAAAAAAAAUGUAUUUACCAUACGGAGCUCCUCCCUCUGACAGUGAACCAGAAGCUGAAGUCAAAUCCAAACCACGUCAUGUCCACACAAACACCGAGUGAUUUCUUUACACAGUCGGUGUCGAUUAUUUCAUUCAUUUUCAUUGAACAGAAACUGGAUCCUGUUUUUGUUCCACCUUCAUAACGGUGUGGUUUUGUUUCCAGUUUUCAAGUCAUUCUAUUUAUUUGACAAAUAAAUCAUAUGUAUUUAACCCAAGAUGAUGGAUCACAGACUUCACUGAACCACUACUGCCUUCUUUUUUUUUUAAAGCAGCAGUCCCUCUUCCUCCCCCCUCUCCCUUCCUCCCUCCUUCAGUCCCCCUCUGCCCCUGAUGAAAACCCACUGUGACGUGCUGAUACCUGCCCAGCAGCAGCUGACACACCUUCAUUCCUGCAGUCUCUCACAGAGACAGAGAGCUGUGUGUGUGUGUGUAUGUGUGUAUGUGGGGGGAGGGAGGGAGGAGAUAUAUGAUACCUGCCCAAACUAGUUUGAGACAGCGCUGCUAUAGAAACAAGCAGGGAGGGAGGAGGGUGAGGGACGAGAGCUCAGAGAGGAAAAAAACUGGGUGAGGCCAAAUGAGAAGAGAACGUUGAUGAAGAAACAAAUAGUUCCAGCUCCUAAUGUGUAGAAACAAAGGUGUGUGUAAACAGAGAAUCACUGGAGGGUUGAGGGUUGAACUCCGUGUGUUUUCAAAACGUUAAAACAAACAGAGACAGGAUUCAGGUUCAGAGACAUUGGCUAAAAGUUUAGAUUUAAACGUGAAACUGCGUCCGUCCUGGUCUGAGCUGUGGUUUAACUGACUGGUUAAUAAUUAACCACUGUAUGGUAUAGUUGUUGAUUAGUUUUGAUGAUGGCUUUUUUUGUGAUGUUGUUAGGUAGCAUUUAGCUAACAUUUAGCUAAUAUGCUAACCUUUUUAAUCUAUAGUUAGCUUAGCGUCUUCUCAGUAACAUUCAGUUGUUUUUACUUGAAAAGAAAAUCAGUAGUGUCUGACCAGAGGAUGGUGCAGGGGGACGACAGGACAACAGCACAGACCCCCACGGACGUGACAGGACAGGUCAGCUGACAUCCAGUUUCACCUGAACAACAACAGCAACAACUACAACAACAACAGUCUCAGACUCUGAUUGUUCACCUUUCACCUGACUUUAAGUGCAUUCUGAACUCAACCCUCUGUCGGCAUUUCUGUUCACUAAACACAAGUGUUUAUUUACGAGUUAACCAGAACCUGACUGACCGGUUGUACACCAUGUCACACCAGCAGAGUCACAGACGCAGCUGCAAAUCAGUAACCGACAAAGUCAAAGAAUCUCUGCUCAGUCAGUCAGUGUCUGUGGAAGUACAAGUCAGAAGACGAUUGACACACAGGUGGGUGGGUGGGUCGGUGGAUGAGUGGGUGGUGUCAGCAUCUGAGUCAGAUUCAAAUACAAACAAAAGUCCGCAACAAGAGGACAGAAAAAAAAACAGCAGCCAUUUUAAUGAAAGACAACAGCUGUUUGAGGGGAAACAGUUCUUAAAGCUUUGUCUGGUUUUAUAGAAAAAUAUUUUAUCUUCCAUAAAACUGUGGCAAAAUUGUUCCUGUUCUUUUAGUUACAAGAAAAAAAAAAUAUCCUCAGGUCCAGGUGGGAGUGACCAGAGAAUUGUAGGUUUGAAACCCAUGACAGUAGAGUGCAGCCCACUGCUGCUGGACGUCAACAGGGUGUGUCUUUCCACAGAUGCACAUUUUUACCAAACAAUCUGCAACAAAAAGACCUGCACUGAGCUCAGAGUCUUUAAAACAUUUUAUUAAAAACGAUUCAUCAAACAAACACAAAAACAAAGACAGCAACUGUACAAUCAGUGACAACGAAUUAAGGCCAAACAAUGAGUUCUACGGUUAAAACCUGGCAUCUUUAGAAAAACAGAA